CAGUUGUGGACCGCACCCGAACUGCUGCGAGACGAGGCUGCAGCCUUCGUCGGAACACAGCGGGGCGACGUGUACUCGUUUGCCAUCAUACUGCACGAAAUAUUCUUCCGCACAGCCCCCUACGGACUACCGUCCACACCUGCGGAGGAGAUAGUCGACAAGGUCUGGGCGGGAGAUCCUCUCUUCCGUCCACAGAAGGUCACGCACAUUCGUGCCCGACGAACGAAGACCUUAUGUGAUUAA